GGCACUGAUGUGCCUUGGUGGGCUAAUCCUUUAAAAAAAAAAAAAGGUGUUGAGCAAGGUAUGAUAAGGAUGGUGGAAUAAGUGUAUCGCGCGUUUUUAAAUCAACCCCCCCCUUCCCCUUUCCUCGAAGACCCCGCAGAACCUUGGAGGGUUAAAGGGUUUGUAAGCCCUGCCUGUACUCUUGGCUGGGUAGUCUUCCUCGGGUGGUGGUUGGUGUGCCUGAACAGAGUUAGUUUACAUACAUGGCGCUAAACUCAAGAAUGUACAAUGAAUUACACCGACUUCCACCCAGCGAGGACAAGCCCUAUAACUCCCAGAGAACGGGAGUAUUUAGUACAGUUAAUUGGCGAGGAAAAAAUACUGAAAAAUAAGGACACGAAUGGUAAGGCAUCGUCAUUAAAGAGGGAAGCUUGGAUACGCAUUACAUCCAAGUUCAACGCCGAGGCUUAUGGACCUGAGCGAUCUGAUCUACAAAUACGAAAGAUCUGGGAACGUCUUAAAAUAAAAGCAAAGAAAGUUAAAGCAUCAAACAAGCAGGAAACCAUGAAGAUGGAUGAUGGCACUCCUCCUCAAGAAGAGGAUGAGGAAACUAACAAGGUUUUCAACAUAAUAGCAGACGAACUUGGAGAUUUUGGAAACGAGUUUGAUUCUGAUGCAAGAGAAUCUGGGGAGCAUGAACUAACAAUAAGAAUUAAGGAGGCUCAGUUAAGAGAAAUUGAAUUGGGCAUUAAAUUAAAAGUCGAAGCACUCAAAAAUACUGAUUUGGAAAGAAAAGUGCUGGAGGCAAAAUUAGUGGCUUUUAGGAAAAUGGCAGAUGCAGCAGAUGAGGUCAAGAGCGCAGCUACCAUUGUGCAGGCGGCAGCUUUUAAAUCCAUAGAUUGAUAAAUUGUGAUAAUUAAUUGUUGUACUGUGGGAUGUCUUUAAACUAUCACUUGUACAUAUAGUAUAGUGUUCUUGUAAGUUUUGGAUGCCUCAGAACUUCAUACGGUAUAUUCCAUACAUAUUUUCCCUACCUAAUUUCCUUUACUUUGAUGAAGGAAUCCCACUGUACUAUAAUGUGAAUUGGUUAUGUCUUUGUGGGGUGCCAGGAGUACGAGAGUGUUAUAAGGGGUUGAUGCUAGUGAAGGGGAAGGGGGGUAAACCAAGAAGAUGAUUUUUCAAGAACAUCAUAUGGUGGACGAUUUUUGAUGGUAUGAUGAUCUUCUGUUGAAUCAGGAUGUGGCUGUGUGGAGGUCCUUUUUCUUUGUUACUUUUGAAGUAUGACUACUUGUAAUGUAUUUAGAUAAUCCAAAUAUUUUAUCUAAACUUCACAUAAAUUACAAUAAUGGACUGUACAGUAUCUCCAAAAUUAUAUUAUUCCUAGGUUUCAUGGCACCAAGUUUACAUUCCCUUGAUUUGCUACUUUCUAUAAUAUUUUCAUAGAUAUUACCAUCUAGUCAGUAUUUUGUAUUAAAACUUAAACUAUUCCUUUUAUUGUAUAAUAUAUUUGUUUUAAUAAUUUACAGCAAUAUGUUGUUUCCACCCCACCACCACCAAAAAAAGACAUUUAUAACAGGAUGUACAGGAAAAAAUGCUUCCUAUUCUGCAUAAGUGACUUUCACUCAAUCUAUUAUUUGGUAAUUGUAUUGCAGUACUGAAUUCAUUUUUACCCUGAUUUUCAUAAUCUAAUCUAGUGAAGUGUACAUAUAGUUUAUGGUGAUAUACAUGUGCUAUACCUUUCAGCUUAGAUACUGAAUUUGUAUGCCUAACAGUAUAGAGCUUUAAUUAUAGACAAGAGUUUGGAAAUGAAAAAUGUACUGAAAAAUAAUGUAUCCUUUACAAAUGUACAAGUUAGGUUAGGUUAAGUUAUAAUACAGUAUUUUGUGAAUCAUGUUUUUAUGCAAUUUCAUCUACUAUACUCAAAUUACUGUAAUCUGUAUUCAAUAGCCAGAUUGUGGAGGACAGCAGCUACCACUAUUUUUUUUUCGUGUUUCUUAGACACCCUUUUCAACAUUCCAAAUGUCCAUUCAUUGUAUCCGUGGUGGCCACAACCAUGAAUAGUGCAAAUAUGAUAAUAGGUAGCUGCGGCAAGGGUAAUCACAAUCACCCAGUAUAGUUGGCCUUCAUGUAGUCCAUCUUCUAGUGCCUGGCAAAGGUGACUGUUGUCAAAGAUAGUGCUAUCAUGUGUUGCCAGGCCUUUGUGCUACAAUUUUGUAAAGUUUUAACUAUGGUCCACAAACUGCCGAACAUUUAAAGAAUUUUUUGUUUUCUGUUUUGAAACACCUCAGGCCGAGCACAUGUUGACAUAUCUAUGGCUACGUGAGCACAGUCAGUGCACCCAAUAACUCCAGGCCAUUGCAACAAAUUCUUCCAUUGUAGUGAUACUUUCCUAACCAGAAGGGGAACUUGAUCAUUCCAUCACUCGUGCUGCCUUUGAAGUAUGCCACUCUUAAAACACAUCUGUUGACAUAUGACUUUGAGACAUCAAAACAAUGAGAGACCAAGUUGAUUGUUGCCUGUAGCAAAAGUGGUGGUACGGGGUAACCUGUUCAAUUAAAUUGUUCUUAUAAAUACCCCUGUACUGUACAGUGAAAAAAAAAUAUAUUGCACUGAU